GAUAAAGUGAUAUUCUGGCUUGCUGCUUUCCGCUUUGGCGGCAGCACUGGCAGCGCCAUCUGUCACGCGAAUUCCCGUAAGGUUGGCCGUCUUUAAACAUUACUCCGUUGAUGGUUCGAUCCGCGCGUUCAGUGUGAAGUGCGAAACCGGUGCGGGUUGGAGCGUACAAAAUAGAAUACGAGGAAUUGUCGAGAUUCACGAGAUCCUCUCUGCUGAUAAAUCUUAAAGUAUGAUCGAUUCAACGCGGAUUAAAGUUUGAGCGAAACAUGGAUCCGAGCGAGAUCGAGUUCCUCGGUGAAAAGCAACUGGUUAGCAUAGUGCCGAACUUUAAUUUCGACGUGAUCCACUUGAUCUCCGGCUCGGUAGGGCCGUUUCGCGCCGGUCUACCUGUCAAAGUACCGAUUUGGCUCGCCGUGUCCCUCAAGCAGAAACAAAAGUGUCGCAUUGUCGGUCAGGAAUGGAUGGAUAUGGAAGGCCUGAACGAGAGGAAGGAGAUGGAGAAAAUGUCAAAGUUGUUCACAGAAAUGUCAAGUUACCACUACAUGGAUGAGAGUCAAAUUUUAUUGAACGUGGCAAAUGAUGAUAUACCUGAUGCGGAUAAUAUCAGAAUCGCCGUGAAAGACAUAUGGGAUAUAAGAAUGUCUAAACUGCGCACAUCUGUGGAUGCUUUCGUGAAGAGCGAAGGAGUGCACGCAAAAUUGGAUCAUCUCACCGCGAUGGAAAUUAAUAAUAUACGUCCAUUGCUGCCACACGCUUUAGAUCAAAUAUUACGGAUACAAUCUGCAAAUACAGGAGAAAGAAAUUCUCAAUACAGUGGAAGUAUAUGACGAAAGUGAUACACAAUUGUUUAUAUUAUACUGCACCUUUGUGACGUUGUUAAUUAUGGAGAUGUGAAUAUUUUUGUAAGUUUUAUCUACGAACUCUCAGGUAUACUAUUAAAAACUUGAUAUUGAGCGAG